GAGACCAGACCACUAUCACCACAAUCUGUUUCAUCAGACAUGGAGCUCGAUCUCUUAUCUAGCAGCAGGGCGUUGUCUCCAGAUUCUGUUUCUUCAGAUCUAGACACGUCCCUGCUGCGGGAUUGGCUCUUGGACUUUAGAGCAUCCUCCCCAAAUUCUGCAGCAUCAGUUGAGAAAUGUUCCUUCAGUCCGGACACGAUGUGUGUUCAAAACAACAGACAACAUUGUAAUUAUUACUUAAGUUAUUCUGAAGAUAGGCCAGUUUCUCCUCAGUCAUCAUUGUCUGAGGUUGAUUUUUCAGAUGUUAGUAUCAAGGAUCUCUUUAAUGACAGCAGGCCAGAAUCGCCAGACUUAGUGCCAUCAGAAAAUCGUUUUUCAGCAAAUUUAAAUACAGGCCGUCAGUCUCAUGCAAGCCCUUUUCCACUUGCAGAUUUGUCAUUCUUGCCUCCAGUAUUUUAUUACCUCCAUCAUUAUAAAACAUUUAUUUCAACUUUGUUUGAUCCCCUCUAUAAGGGAAAAAGUUCCUCUUUCGAAAUGCUUUUAAAAUUUCACGCAGAACAAAAGUCUUUCCAAGAACCACAAACAGUCUCUUCCUGUUUUGCUCUCAAACGGUCACAUGAGAUUGCUCUCACUGACAAAUUCACUCCUCCAAAAUAUUCUGCAGAAUGUACUCUCCUCCCAUAUUUUUCACCCAAAUGUUCGUCCCACUCUUCUCAGGAAUGUACAUUUUAUGAAUCAUUUUCACAAUCACAUAAUUUUGUCCACAUACGUGAUGCAUUUCAAUGUAAUCAGUUGUCAAAAUCGAUAUCGGUUUCACCUGAUGCAUCUGGAUUGGAUCAAAAGUGCUUCGGUCCAUGUCAUGAUGACAUCAAACCAGAUUCACCUAAAUUUGUUGUCUUUGACAGUGUACCUCAUCAAAACAUGGCCAUCCAGGCAUUUAGUGACUGUAAUUUAAUACCAUCCACCCAUGUAACUUUUGAUUCAGUAAAAUGUUUAAAACACAAAAAAUCUGAACAAUGUCUCAUCUAUGAAAGUGUUAACAAAGACCAAAGACUUCUAUACGAGCCAUUCCGCAGGAGAUUAACAGCACACAUAUAUGAUCCAGUCUACAGGGGGAAACAUGUCUGCAACACAGUCAGGUUCAGUGUAACUGAUGAAGGCUUUGAAAAGACUUCUGAGCAAAGCAAUGUUGAAUGUCUAACAGCUUUUGGGGAGGAGAAAUGUAUUCAAGAAUCUACUCAUUUCAAAAAUAUAAACAGCAUCAAGCCUCGACUGAAUGAUGCCAGAACUGUCAAUAAUAGCCAGCCAGAGUUGAGUUACAUGCCAUCUGUGAAAGACAACAUGGAUAUUUGUGACACUGGCAUUGUCACGGAGGCCUUCAGCAAACAAUCUCAAACAAGGAAUGAAACAAUGGAACAGAGACCACUUUUGAAUGAGCAUAAAGGAACAGACACUCUUUCCCCAUUCAUGAUGACAUACAGCCACGAUGAGUUUUUUAAAGACAUGCCAAGCGAGUCACUGAGAAUGGACAAAAGUUCCUUUCUGCCGGUGUCAACAUCAUCUUCCAAGAUAAAUCUUUCCCAGCAUAAAGAGCAAAAAGAUCCUGAUUUCAAGUGCUCUGAAACAAGCUUACAGUCAAUGCAUUAUCAUGCAAACACACUCUCUGAAAAUGUAGCAUUACACAUUGCAGAUAUUUUUGAUCAAAGUAAAACACAAUCUGAGGUCUCAUUGACGUCUGUAACUGGCUCAACAAAAACCAUGGAAAAAGGUCUAAUAUUCCUUGCCCAAAGUGAAGGAUCCAGCUCAAUGACCAAAGACUCACCUCAAGAUAGUGGUGAGGAGGAAAUUAUCACAUCAUCCAACCCUUCACCAAUUCUACCAGGUUCUGUAUCCCUACAACAGGAAUAUUUGUUGUCAGAUCUACAAGAGAUGAAAAUGACUCAAGAUGAAGAGUUGAGAUCAAACAUCCUUUGCCCGCCUUUAUCACAACCCCAUGACGGCAUCUCUAAAGGUGAUCGGAUUCAUGAAUGCAAUGGUCUUCAACUUGAAGUUGGAUGUCCCAAAGAUAAUCUCAGUGUCAGGCUGCAGCGAGAGAAAGAAAACAUAAAUGCAUCAAUCACGUGGCCUACACGUCUUCCGAUAUCUGACCAAGUCGCCACUGAAGAAUUCUCACUUGAUCCAACAAUCACACAGUCAACCCCUGGUGAGAGAACUAAUAUCUCACCCACGGAGGACCUGUCAAGUGCAGAAUAUUCCCAAAGAGGUCAUGACAUUUUGAAACACUCACUGAGUUUUAUCUCAGGUGUAGGUACACCUAUUUUCCCCCAACUUCCUGAAAAUUUGCCAAGUGAUGUGUGUGAGGAAUAUUUGAUAAGUCAUGUGGUUCAAGGUCAAGAACAAGAACCAAAUUUGCUGUCUUGUGAAAGAGAAGAACUAACAAGGAGGAGUCUCCAAGAAUUAUGCAAAGAAAUGUCAGAUCUGCCGAAUCAAGAAGCAGAUAUUUCUGCGAGACGGUCGAGCUUUGAGGAACUGAUACCCUGCUCCACCUCGGCUAAGUUUGAGAUUUCCUCAAAUGAGAUUAGUCCAGUGGCUUGUGUACAUCAUCCGAAAACGGCUACCUCCAGAAGACAAGUCAUUUUUGAGGAUCCAAUGCAGCCUGAUCAUUACUUAGAUGAGGUGCACCCGAAAGCUAAUUUGCAACACAUGGAACAAUCUGUCACUUCAGUAGAAAAUGUACCUGAUUCCCAACCUAGCUUUGUUGAAACAAAAACAACAAUGACUUCAUUCACCUGUGAUCAGGAUCACACCAUCCCCGCAGCGAUCUCUCCCUCCACUACCACCUUUACCUAUCAAGAUGUUGUCUGCAGUGGUACACGUGGUCCAGCAUCUGAAUAUUCAGAUCUGGAGCAUUACUUUGACUGUAGGCAGGCUGCAUCAGAUUUCUUUGAGCCUAAUGAACCAGAGUUAACUUCUUGCUCAAAUAAGCAUCUGCUUUGGGAUGACCUCAGUUACCCGGGAGAGAAAGAAACUGUGUCUAGACCAGUUUUGCUCUCCUCUGGAAGUGAAGAUUUUGAGGAUGCUUCUGUUGUUCAAGAAGGUUUACCACGCGUGAGUGCAGAUCUCUCAUCCCAUUCAGAGGCAUCUACUGAAGAAUUUACCUUGUGUGAACUGCCCAGCUCCAAAAUGACAGCAUACGAUGAUACAAAUUCCCUGACAAGGGAGAUCAGCGCAGAGAUUGGCUCAAUGUCUGAAAGUUCUGAUGAUGAAUUUUUGAGUACCAGAAUUGUGCGAAGGAGAGUUGUCAUUCAGGCUGACGAAAUGCCCGACGUUCCUAUGCAGACUACGACAGAAGAAAAUUACAAAGAUGAAAAUGGCCACAUUGUUGUCAGAAAGGUUACUCGAAAGAUUAUUCGCAAGUGUGUUUCUUCUGAUGGUGCGGAGCGGGAGGAGGUCUUGAUAGAGGGAUCCCCUCAGAGAUCCAUAAGUGUUGCCGAGGGAGAUGGUUACUCCAAAGUGGUGAAGCGCACUGUUCUAAAGAGCGAGGGAGACCAUACAGAGGUUACAUUUGCUGAAAGUGAGGGUUUCUCAGCAUCACAAGCAACUGCUGAGGUGCGUAAAGUCAGUCUAGCAGAAAGAACCACUGUGGUAGAGGGUAAAAGAACAGUGACACACAAAGGGGACUUGUCUUUGGCUUCUGACCUCCCCUCAGCCCAGGAGGACUUUAACCAGGCGCUCGGUUAUAUUGGUGGUUUAACCAGAGAAGAGCUCCCCUAUGUGGUUGAAAGUGAGACUGUCAAAGAUGACGGAACUGUGGUCAGGAGGGCCCACAUGCGUAAAGGUCAGACUCUCAGACGGACAGUGGUGCAGGGAGGUGGGCAGCGCAAACAGGUCCUUCUUGAACAAACGGAUGGUCCCACAAAAGGUUCCAAAUCACACGAACUCCAGCAGCAUCUGCACCAGUUAUUUCACCACUACUAUGAACACCAGGAGGACCAUGACGACGACGAUGACGAUGAGGAAGCGAAACAGUCAAAGAAUGUGUAACACUUUGCUCCACGAACUAUCCUAUGCAUUUGCCACAUGCAAUCCCAGCAUGCACCUCAAAGCUACCACAGUCUUCCCAUUCGACCCCUGAAAGAUUUGAAAUUAUUUUCAGUUUCCCUCCCUCGGCGAUGUUACAUAUUCAUUCGUUUCUUUGUUCUGACAUUGUUGGGUUUGGUGGUUUUACUUUUGCCUUUUUUUGUGACCAAAGAAUAUCUUUUCUGAUCAAUUUUAGGUUUUGUGUCAACAUGUUUUCGUCUUUAUUAUGUGGUAGAGCAACAAAAAAAAUAUCUGAAAAACAAGACAUGCUAAUCAAUUCUAGCCCACACUGAAGACUUCACCCCAAAAAAGACUCCUGAAUGGGUGCUUGAACUAAAAAAAAAAAAAAAAAAAGAUUCAAACUACACAUCUCACCACCAGAUUUAGUGAGAUCAUCUCGGCUUGGAAAAGGCACGAUGCUAGAGUCAGAUUAAACGUGUAUUUAUUUAACUACUACCGCUGCUGCUGUUGUGUUUUCGUGUAGUCUAUGUGUAAUAUGUCUUUCGGGCAUUCUGAUAGUAUCUAACCUAAUCUAGAUUAUACUGACAUCUGUAGCCUAGGAAUGAUUAAUCAAUCAUGUGAAGUAGGACAGGCAUGACUAAUCAACAUUAUGAUCUCGGCUUUGUAGUGGUUCUGUCCAUUUAGCAACACCCCAACCCUCACCACCCCCCCCCCCCCCCACGCGUCUAAUCCUUUUGUUUUAUUCAAGCAGACUUUUGUUGGCACUAAAUUAUUGAUCACGGCUUUUUUUGGAGUGAAGGGUGAGUGUGUGAGGAAGUUUCACUGUGCUGUUGGUCUACUAUGUUGUUGGUCCAUGCAUGAUCGCUUUGGCUUCUGGUUGAUUUUAGAUUUUUUUUUUUCAAGCACAUUUUACGUCUUCUUUUAAAGGGUUGUUUUGUGUAGCAUUUUGUAGAUUUAAAAAAAAUCUAAGAAAAGGAGGUAAAAAGGUCGUUUAAUGAGCCUUUUGUAUCAUCAGUGUCUCCAUUGGAUUCCCAUCGCACAUCUGAAUUCUGACAGCAUAAAGUGUUGUCUUUUUUUUUUUUUUUUUUUUUUUGCCAGAGACAAAAGCUAUUUAUUGGAAAAGAAUAGCGCACGUCGCUGUUGUAAAGUGAUGUCGGUUCUGAUGUAUUUAUUUAUUUAUUAACAUGCUCGUUCUGUGUUGAGUGUACAAUUGUGCGAAAAAAGUUCUUUUUUUUGGGCGUGACAAAGAGAGGGUAGGGUGUACGCAAAGCAUAGCUAGAGAUUUAUUUGACACAACCUGUAUUUGCACCCCGUGAAUGUCAGGAGGGAACGGCUCCGUGCGUUUAGUGCACCUGCUGCGUGACAGUCAAGUCGAACUUUUUGUCUAAUUCUUGAGCAGGACAAAUGCAUAGUACUUCAAAUUACCAAGAAGGUUUGAGAGCUUCAAUCAACCGUUAUUCCCACUCCUUAGAGUAUCGCUACUGUAUGGAACUCAAACAUAUAUAUUUUUUUCACUUUACUAUUUACUUUUGAGAAGGGAAAAAAAAAACUUGGGGAAGAUCACUGUGACAGGUAUACCGUACAUUAAAUUUGAAAAUAUAAAUAAAUAUAAAUCAGCACCUCCUUUGUUUCUGUGAUGCAGACAGUUAUAUACUCAUAUGAUGCAUAUGUAUAAACAUCUAUAGGGGCAUGUAUUGCUGUUCAAAUCUCAAAAAAGAUAAAAAUAAAAUGGCUGCAGUGUGUUUAUGGCUGAUAAAGAAUAAAAGUCUACAACGUA